GAAGAUAAGCCUUUACAUAAGAUAAAAAUUCUUAAAUCCACCCAAUAACGCGUCAUUGGUUUCUGUAUAUUUUCAUUGCCUCCUAUAAAAUCUCUCCCAUAAACCUCUUUCAUUGUUCCUUCCCUUCCACCAGAAUAUAUUAGUGAUAAUAAAGAAAGAGAAAUGGGUAUUCACAAGGCUAAGGCAUUGUUAGAUGAUCUGAUUGAGAAAGCAGGAGGUUGUGCCAUUGUUGAUGGUGGAUUCGCCACGCAACUCGAGAAGCAUGGAGCUUCCAUUAAUGAUCCUCUCUGGAGUGCUCUUUGCUUGAUUAAAGAUCCUGAUCUUGUCAAACGGGUACAUUUGGAAUAUCUGGAAGCUGCUGCAGAUAUACUAGUGACUUCAUCCUAUCAGGCCACUAUUCCAGGAUUCAUAUCUAGGGGAUUGUCGAUUGAAGAAGCAGAAUCGUUGUUAGAGAAAAGUGUGAAGUUAGCAGUUGAAGCCAGGGAUAAGUUUUGGAAUGCUGUGAAAAGAAAUCCCAGAAAGAGCUAUAACAGGGCUCUGGUUGCAGCCUCCAUUGGAAGCUAUGGAGCUUAUAUUGCUGAUGGUUCAGAGUACAGUGGAAAUUAUGGACCACAUGUAAGUCUGGAUAAGCUUAAGGAUUUCCAUCGACGUAGACUGCAAGUUCUUGUGGAUGCAGGACCAGAUGUACUCGCUUUUGAGACCAUUCCCAACAAAUUAGAAGCUCAGGCAUGUGUGGAGCUGCUUGAAGAAGAAAAUGUACAAAUUCCUUCUUGGAUAUGUUUCAGUUCAGUGGAUGGUGAGAAUGCGCCUUCAGGAGAAAGCUUCAAGGAUUGCCUUGAUGUAAUUAAUAAAAGUGACAAAGUUAGUGCAGUAGGAAUUAAUUGCGCCCCUCCUCAUUUUAUUCAGACUCUCAUCCAGAAACUUAAGGAGUUGACGACGAAGGCAAUAAUUGUAUAUCCCAAUAGUGGUGAGAUAUGGGAUGGCAUAUCAAAAAGAUGGACGCCAUCGAAAUGCUUUGACAACGAGAAGUUUGAGCUGUUUGCACCGAUAUGGCGUGACGCUGGUGCUAAACUCAUCGGUGGUUGUUGCCGAACAACACCAUCCACUAUUCAAGCUAUUUCAAAGGCCCUAAAGGAAAGAUCCGGAUUCGACACAACUUUCUAACUGCCCCUUCAUCAAUAGAUCAGAAAGUAGUUAUUCUUUGUGGAACAAAUUGUUGUGAUACGUAUCUUCAUUUAUGUCAUAGGAAAAGAGCUAGAACUUCUUGUUAGGGGUGGAGGAAAAGGUGAUAUUAAGGGGUGAGCGGGAAUAAAUAGGUAGCAAACGGAGCAGAGAGUAGUUAUAUCAAGUACCUCUUGGUAUGACAUUUUGGCACUAGCUUUGACUCUCCCAGUACUGAUGCUAUUUGUCCAGAAAUUGCAUAUUUGUAAUAUCUGUGCACCCCGAUAGGCAAUUUAGCAAUUUGACUUGACCAAAAAAGCUUUUCUUUUUCAUUUUUUUUUUUUUGGUCAAACUGAAAUUUUAUUUAACCAAGUAACAAGUUUAUACACAGCUAGCUCAUUUUUUCA